GCGGCUCGGCAGCAGCGCCGCCGCGGAGCGCCAAACAUGCAACAUGGCAGCAGCCAUGGAAACUGAACAGCCGGGCCUGGAAAUCUUUGAGACUGCGGGUCGUGAGGAGCAGGUCCCGAGAGAGGAGCAGCCAAAACUGGAACCUUUCUAUGUAGAGAGGCAUUCCUGGAGCCAGCUUCGGAAACUGCUCACAGAUACACGGAAGUAUCAUGGAUACAUGAUGGCAAAAGCCCCUCAUGACUUCACAUUUGUGAAGAAAAAUGAUCCUGAAGGACCUCAUUCCGAUAGGAUCUACUACCUGGCAAUGUCUGGGGAGAACAGGGAGAACACGCUCUUCUACUCUGAAAUUCCCAAAACCAUAAACAAAGCUGCCGUCCUGCUGCUUUCCUGGAAGCCUCUUCUGGAUCUUUUUCCGGCCAUCCUGGACUAUGGGAUGUACUCCCGGGAAGAGGAGUUGCUGCGGGAGAGGAAGCGGAUCGGCACCGUUGGGAUUGCCUGCUAUGAUUACCACAGAGAGAGCGGCACCUUCCUGUUCCAGGCAGGGAGUGGCAUUUAUCAUGUGAAAGAUGGAGGUCCCCAUGGAUUCACCCAACAGCCUUUAAGACCCAUUCUGGUAGAGACCAGUUGUCCAAAUAUCCGGAUGGAUCCCAAGCUUUGUCCAGCUGAUCCAAAUUGGAUUGCAUUUAUCCAUUGCAAUGACAUCUGGAUAUCUAAUAUAGAAUCCAGGGAAGAAAGGAGGCUGACGUUUGUGCACAAUGAACUGGCCAAUGUUGAGGAGGAUCCAAAAUCUGCUGGCGUGGCUACUUUUGUGCUGCAGGAGGAGUUUGACAGAUACACUGGCUACUGGUGGUGCCCAAAGGCACAGCCCACACUGGAUGGUGGUAAAGUUCUUCAAAUUCUUUAUGAAGAAAACGAUGAGUCAGAGGUGGAAAUCAUCCAUGUCACAUCACCCAUGCUGGAGACAAGAAGAACAGAUUCCUUCCGCUACCCCAAAACAGGUACAGCAAAUCCAAAGGUCACUUUCAAGAUCUCUGAAGUGACAAUCAAUGCAGAAGGCAGAAUUGCAGAUGUUGUGGAUAAAGAGCUAGUUCAGCCCUUCGAGAUCCUCUUUGAAGGAGUAGAGUACAUUGCUAGAGCUGGGUGGACGCCAGAAGGAAAAUACAUCUGGUCCAUCUUGCUGGAUCGCUCCCAAACUCGGCUUCAGAUAGUCCUGAUCCCUCCUGCAUUAUUCAUCCCCACAGAAGAUGAUGCAAUGGAAAGGCAGAAACUUAUUGAUGCUGUACCAGAUUCUGUUACACCUUUCAUUAUUUAUGAAGAAACAACAGACAUCUGGAUAAAUAUCCAUGAUAUCUUCCAUGUCUUCCCUCAAACCCACGAAGAUGAGAUAGAGUUCAUUUUUGCCUCUGAGUGCAAAACAGGCUUCCGGCACCUGUACAAGGUCACCUCGGUCCUGAAGGAGAGCAAGUACAAACGGUCCUGUGGAGGCCUCCCUGCUCCCAGUGACUUCAAGUGCCUCAUCAAAGAGGAGAUAGCAAUUACCAGUGGGGAAUGGGAAGUGCUUGGCAGACAUGGAUCCAACAUCUAUGUGGAUGAAGCCAAAAAACUGGUGUACUUUCAAGGCACAAAAGAUUCUCCUCUGGAGCAUCACUUGUACGUUGUUAACUACGACAGCCCCGGGGAGGUGAAGCGUCUGACAGAGCGUGGUUACUCACACGCCUGCUGUGUCAGCCAGGACUGUGACAUGUUCAUCAGCAAGUACAGUAAUCAGAAGAACCCCCACUGUGUGUCACUGUACCGGCUGACAGGAUCAGAAGAUGAUGCAGCUCAUAGGACUAAGGAAUUCUGGGCUACCAUUUUGGAUUCAGCAGGUCCUCUUCCUGAUUACAUUCCCCCUGAAGUGUUUUCCUUCGAGAGUUCCACGGGGUUCACACUGUAUGGAAUGAUGUACAAACCCCACAACCUGCAGCCUGGGAAGAAGUACCCCACAGUGCUCUUCAUCUAUGGAGGCCCUCAGGUACAGCUGGUGAACAACCGGUUUAAAGGAAUCAAGUACUUCCGACUGAACACUUUGGCCUCUCUAGGCUAUGUUGUUGUUGUCAUUGACAACAGGGGCUCCUGCCACCGAGGGCUGAAGUUUGAAGGAGCCUUUAAAUACAAAAUGGGACAGAUAGAAAUCGAUGACCAGGUGGAAGGGCUGCAGUAUUUGGCGUCGCAGUACGACUUCAUCGACUUGGAGCGUGUGGGCAUUCACGGCUGGUCCUACGGAGGCUACCUCUCCCUAAUGGCUUUAACACAGAGGUCAGAUAUCUUCAGGGUGGCUGUAGCUGGAGCCCCCGUCACGCUGUGGAUUUUCUACGACACGGGAUACACGGAGCGCUACAUGGGCCACCCAGAGCACAACGAGCAGGGCUAUUACCUGGGAUCUGUGGCCAUGCAGGCUGAGAAGUUUCCUUCUGAACCAAACCGUUUGCUGCUGCUUCAUGGAUUCUUGGAUGAGAACGUUCACUUUGCACACACCAGUAUUUUGCUCAGCUUUUUGGUGAGAGCUGGGAAACCCUAUGACCUACAGAUCUACCCUCAGGAGAGACACAGCAUCAGGGUCCCUGAGUCGGGGGAGCACUAUGAACUGCACCUGCUGUAUUACCUGCAGGAGAACCUGGGCUCUCACAUUGCUGCCAUGAAGGCCAUGUGACUGACCUCAGAACUCUGCUCCACGGCUGCUCUCCGGACAGGGAGGUGUAGAAAACUAGAGAAAAUAGGAUGGAAUGUUGCUUUCUGGUGCCUGCCACACGUGCACACACGUACACACCCUCACAGACACUUUUUUAAAAGUAAAUUUGGUGCCAUACGGGAAAUUAAAGUACGGUGAUCUAAUAACUUCAGUUAUUAAACUUCAAGUUAAAGCUGUAAAUAAAAUCCAAUGUCUGUGGUAUAAUACAGUACCAUGGGUGUUCUCUUGGGGAACGAGCUGAAACUGAAAAUAACUUACUUCUACAGCACCAGAUCUUCACUUUUUAAAAGCAUUAUGGCAUAAUUGAUGUAUUUUUACAGUGUGUUCCUUGAUAUCUUAUUACAUUAUACUGGAUGAUUUACUCACUACACAGCAAGAGUUUACCUGAAUGGUUACAACUUUUAUUAAUUUUAAAUGCUAUCAUAUAGCUUUUAUGCUUUGUGAAAGGGAUGUGUCUCACUCCUUAGAAGGUGGUCACAAGUUGGACACAUCCCCUGUCUAGAUGUUGUUUUUUAAGAAGAAAGACUUUUAAGCUGCCUCUUACUAUAUUUAAAGUUUGGAUUCAGAUCAGUUGAUGCCAGGUUCUUUGAUUCCUUCUCCCAUAGGAUAAAUCUUUCUCUCUUCUUCCAGCAGCUUGAGAACCUAUCCUGAUUGUACUUGAUUUCAGUGGAUAAGUCAAUUGAUAUUUUACUGUGAUAUGGGAUAACAGUCUUGUAUUCUGAGGUGCAAACUAACGUAAGGUAAAGAGCAGAAACUGUAAACUUUCAAACAAGCUUCAAAGUGCAUCCCGUUGAGAUUUUUUCCUGAUGUUCACUCUGGAGCUGGGUUUGCAAUACUCCUUCCUCACCCUCACAUCAGCAUGAUAUAGGCAUAUGCAUCGUGUUACAGUUUAGAAAUUCAGUACUCUAAUUCCAAGGUCUGCAGAGGAUGUAUGGGGAGACCUUACAUGUGAGGCAAUAUGAACUGUUUUGUUGAAUUUCCUUGUGUAUGAGGGGCUAUUUCCCAGGCUCAUGCCCUUUCCAGUCCCCUGUUCCUGGGUCCUUUCUAGCACUGCUGUGCAUGAUGAUGAUGCUGUCUUUGAGAACCCCUUUCUGUACAGCUUCAGGUAAUCCUCAAGGAAUUGCAGUCCCAGUUGUGUUUUUCCUACUGAGGUUUUAACUAAGCAGUAGGCUUGGCUGAAAAUCACAAGUGUGUGAAGGCACUUUUAACUGGCAACAGGUAAUUUAGGAUAGAAAUCCAUAGAAAGUUAUUUUCCUUAAUCCAGAAAGUUCUCCCUUUGAGACUUGCCUCUGAUAAAUGUUAAUGGUUUUCUUAGAAACCCAAGAAUUUCCUUUUCUUUCUGUUUUGGUGCUAGAGAGAAGCAGAGCAUGAUUUUAUUUUAAUCUGCUGAAAAUCUGGAAUCACUCUCAGUGUUUACGCUCUUAGAACUCCACAUGUUGUAACCUUGUACUUUCCUUGAUUUUGUACUGUUCAGCUUGAUCCCAGAACCCUGGGAUUUAAGAGUCUAGCUGUAUGGGAUCAGACUGCAUCGUUUUUCAGUUAAACUCCUGGUCAUGUGCACCAAAGCAGGGGAGCUGGGGCAGUUCCACGGUUUACAAGCUGUGUGUGAGAACAGGAUCUGGUUUUUGGGAUACACAAAGGACCCAAAGCCAACAGGCGUGCAGGGGGUGGUUCCUCGGGCUGUUUGCUGGUUUUCAGGUUGCAGUGGUUAGGAGUGGAUCAGUUAAAACACCGUUAGCAGGCCAAUAACGGGUUGAUUUUGGGAAGGGCGUGGCAGGGAAGGAGCCCAGCUCCAGGAAUGUCUUCUCUCAGCGGUUAAUUGUGGCUGAAGCAAAGGCAGCAUUGCUGGGGAGUGUCUUAGUGUCAGCCCCGAGAGAGGAGCACACGUGCAACACGACAGUGGGUAGAAACAAAAAUAAGCUGUUCCUCUGGAAUUCCAUUGUGCUCCCAACGUGUUUAUGCUGUAUUAUAUAUACAUAUAUCUAUAUCUGUUCAUAUAUACAUAUAUGUAUAAAAUUAUCCGUGGAUAGUAUUCACCUUUUCCAAGGUUGUUUAUAUUUUGUUCAAUAUUAAAUUAACUUGCUUUUU